CUCCUGUUAUCCCUACGCUGAACGUCUAGCUUUACAGGGAAAAAAGUCAAAUGGAAGUUGGGUAUUGACACCAUACUCUAAAUUCUACGGUCUGUUACCUUAGUUAGGGCUUUGAUGGCUCCGCUAGAGGAUGCGCAGCUCGGCGCAAAGGCAGUAACCAAUGCUAAGAAACAUAGCAAUGGAGCUCCAGCAGCAGGACUCUUGGAUAGUUUCCUUUACCUUUUGAUACCCGGACUCAUUCUCGUCCAUCUCGUCGUCGCCCCCUACACCAAGGUUGAGGAAUCCUUCAACAUCCAAGCAGCCCACGAUGUACUUGUCUACGGGACGCCGACCUCAAACAUCCACCAGAGGUUAUCUAGUAGCUACGACCACUUCACCUUUCCGGGGGCCGUUCCUCGGACCUUCGUAGGCCCGGUACUGCUCGCCGGGUUUGCCCAACCGAUUGUUGCCCUCGUCGGGUUUCAGCACGCUCAGCUUGUUGUGAGAGCCAUCCUGGGUCUCUUCAAUGCCGCCUGUCUCCUCGUGUUCGCCCGCAACCUCCGACGGGCCUAUGGCGCCGGGACAGCAAGAUGGUACCUGCUGUUCCAGGCGAGCCAGUUCCACAUCAUGUUUUAUGCCUCACGGACGUUACCGAACAUGUUCGCCUUUGGACUGACAACCCUGGCCUUCGCCCUCCUCCUCCCCGAGCCCAGCAACCCCAAAUCCACCGCCCGCCGCCAGCGCCUCUCCAUCGCCAUGUUCGUCUUCGCCGCCACCAUCUUCCGCGCUGAAGUCGCCCUUCUCCUGGGCGCAACCAUCCUCCACCUCCUCCUCAUCCCGGCGCUCUCCCUCGAGCGCAUCCUCUUCCCCUUCUCCGUCUCCUUCCUCACCGCCCUGGUCACUUCGGUGCCCAUCGACAGCUACUUCUGGCAGCGCCCGCUGUGGCCCGAGCUCUGGGGGUUCUACUACAACGUCGUCCGCGGCUCCGCCUCCAACUGGGGCGUCUCCCCCUGGCACUACUACUUCACCUCGGCAGUGCCGCGCCUGCUCGUCAACCCGCUGAGCUACGCCAUCCUCAUCCCGCAUUCCCUCUACCACCCCUCCCUCCGCCGCGCCGCAACCAGGCUGGCCCUCCCGUCCCUGCUGUUCAUAGCAAUCUACUCGCUCCAGCCGCACAAGGAAACGCGCUUCAUCUUCUACGCCGUACCACCACUCACAGCGGCCGCGUCCCUCUCAGCCAAUUUCGUGUUCACUCGCCGCGGGAAAUCGGCACUCUCCUUCCUAUGCGCAGCAGCACUCCUCCUCUCGGUGCUCGCGACUUUUCUCGCCAGCACCGCCAUGCUCGCCCUCAGCGCGCUCAACUACCCCGGCGGCGAGGCCCUCGACCACCUGCGCUCCGCCAUCGUCCUCUCCUCUCCUCCUCCUCCUCCGCACGAACCUUCCUCCGACAAUGGAGGAGUAGUGGUGGAGGGGUUGGGGCUGGGGGUCGGACUGGUACCGGUGGUGGUACACGUACACGCCGACGUGCUCGCGUGCAUGACCGGGGUGACUCUCUUCCAGAGCUCGACGGCCGAGUCUAUGGUCGACGCUGGCGCCGUUUCUCUGAUUGGUGAUCCUAAGUCUAAUAACGAGGGUGGGGUAAUCAAGACCAAGAAGACCAGGACCGGGACAAAGCAGCAAGACAUCAGUGGUGGACACAGAACUGGCUCGGGGCGGACGGUGAUGAUGCUCGACAAAACGGAGGACAAGUCUGUCCUAGCGCGGCCCGAGUUCUGGCGGCAGUUUGAUUACCUGCUCGUGGAAGACCCGCAAAAGGUAGUGGGAGGGCAGUGGGAGACUGUGGGCGUGGUCAAGGGAUAUGCCGGGAUUGAAAUUGUCAAACCCGGGCGGGAGAAAAGCAGGGACUCAGAAGAAGAAGAAGCAGACAAAGAGGGUCGGAGGGGUGGUGAGCCGGCUGUAAAUGUGGUAGGGAUGGGCCGGACGGUCGCGGUGUGGAAGAAGAGGGUGCGGGCCCUUACCGGCGGGUGGUGGAUCGGUCCGCGGAUGGUGGAGAGGAUAUAUAUUCUAAGUAGGAGGAGCGCCCAGGAGGAGACGGGAACAAGAUGGGGCUCUGCUGUUGAGGCUCGGUAAAUAUCCCGGGUGUGUAUGUCGUCUUUGUUCCCCACCUCUGCGGUAUCUGAUGUCUACGAUAUAUGUCCCUAAAUAUUUUAUAUAUAACCAGUCUUCUGGCGCUAUCUGUACUGUACAAUACAUAAACUUCGCAUCUAGAGCCAGGCAAGGUAGACACGUCACAUAAACAGAGCACAUUACCAAA